CGCGCAUGCGCCUGAGGCCCGCGCGGUGUCGGGCGGUAACGGCGGCUGCGGACGGAAAGGGGCGGAGACCCCCGGGCCCAGACCCUCCCCACGGACCGAGACCUCCCUCCCGCACCGGGCCUGACCCCCGCCGGGGAGCAGGGGCGCUGGGGUCUCGGUGGAGCCUCCCCGGAGCUGGCGUGGUGCGGUAGCCCCGGGUAACCCUAUGGAGAGGGUCCCGCGGAACGCCAUCGUCUUCAACGCGUCCAAAGGGGAGGCGUUCACCCUCGGCAGCAGCUACAAAUCCUUGCGGAAAAGGCUUCGAGGGAGCUGGAAGAUACAGAGCUUAAAAGAUGAGAUCACACCUGAGAAGCUGUUUGGUGUGAAAUUGUGGAUUACAGCAGGGCCAAGAGAGAAGUUCAGUGCUGCUGAGUUUUCAGUUCUGAAGACAUUCCUGGAGGAUGGUGGAGCCAUCCUGGUGAUGCUCAGAGAAGGUGGAGAGUCCCAAUGUGGCACAAAUAUCAACUUCUUGUUGGAAGAAUAUGGGAUCGUUUUCAAUAAUGAUGCUGUAGUACGAAAUGUGUAUUACAAGUACCACCACCCAAAGGAAGCACUGAUCUCUGAUGGAGUUUUGAAUAGGGGAAUCAGUGAAGCUGCAAGAAGAACACUGCUUGAGACAAUAGAUGAAGAUGGAAGUGGACGUGACUCACAAGCCCUCACUUUUGUGUAUCCAUUUGGUGCCACACUGAAUGUGAUGAAACCAGCUGUGGCUGUUCUGUCAACAGGAUCUGUCUGCUUCCCACUCAACAGGCCUGUUCUUGCUUUCUAUCAGCACGAGGGUCGAGGUGGAAAGAUGGCAGCACUAGGAUCUUCCCACAUGUUCAGUGAUCAAUAUUUAGAUAAAGAAGAAAACAGUAAAAUCAUGGAUGUGCUUUUCCAAUGGCUCACAACAUCAGAUAUCCAUUUAAACCAGAUGGAUAUGGACGACCCUGAGAUCUCAGACUAUACCAUGCUCCCAGAUACAGCUGCACUGUCUGAGCAGCUGCGAGUCUGUCUGCAGGAAGGAGAUGAGAUCCCAAGAGACUUCACAAAGCUGUUUGAUACAUCCCUUUAUCAUCUGGAUACAGCCACCCUCCCUUCAGUUAUCAAAGCUUAUGAACAGCUUAAUGUGAAGCAUGAGCCCCUCCAACUCAUUCAGCCUCAGUUUGAGACUCCACUACCUGUCCUCCAGCCAGCUGUUUUUCCACCUGUUUUCAGAGAAUUGGCUCCUCCCGCUCUGGAGCUUUUUGACUUGGAUGAAACUUUUUCCUCAGAGAAAGCACGUCUUGCAGAGAUUACAAACAAAUGUACUGAUGAUGACCUGGAGUUUUACGUACGGAAAUGUGGUGAUAUCCUAGGAGUAACAAGCAAACUCCCGAAGGAGAAGCAAGAUGCCAAAUACAUUCUGGAGCACAUCUUCUUCCAAGUGGUUGAGUUUAAGAAACUGAAUCAGGAACAUGAUACUGACACGAGUGAAGCUGGACUCCAGAAUGGUAACUGAGACCUGGCUUUCCCCAGUUUGAGAUAGACCUUUCAGCACAGACGUAUUUUUCAAUUUUUUUUUUAAAUUAUUAUCACUUUUUCCAACCUCUGUGUUCAGUGCAUUGAUUGGGACUGUCUCAGUAGUUCACUGAAUGUUUGGCUCAUUUAUGUAUGGUAGUUUGGAUAAUUAAUGCCUUUUGAGGAAGUGAUUGUAUUUUGCAAACACUCUCCAGAUAAUUUCCUAUUUUUCUAUUUCUUUAUUGAAACUGUAAUUUUGUAAUAUAUGGAAAAAAAGUCUUAUACUAAGAAAA